GUGACGUGAUGCCCGUUGUUUGGGUCCGCCCGACCAAUGGGACGCGGCGGCUGGAUUCUACGGGAGCCGGGAUGGGCCCUUGGUGGCGGCGGCAGCAGGACUCUCCGCCGCCCAGCGUCACGCAUUGCGCAGGGCGCAGCAGCGCUGGGUCGUCCUGCGGCUUUAACAGCGCGGACAUGGACACCCCGCGGCACUUCCCGCCGGGCUUCGGCGCCGAGCAGCCGCCGCCGCAGGGCCCGGACAAGGCGGGCGCGGCGCCGCACAGCCCGUGCGUGCAGUGCAACAGCUGCGCCUACUACGGGGCGGCGGCGGCAGUGGGGGACAACCUGCCGCUGCUGCUCCGCACGUCCUCGCCGCUGUCGGGCGCCUUCCGCACGCACUCCUCGCCCCUCUUGUCCUCCGCCGCCUCGUCCCGCCAGGGCAGCCAGCUGAGCGUGAGCGAGCUGCCGCCCCCCAGCCAUGCCGGCGCGUGCAGGCAGUACCACGCGGCGCCGCACUACACGCCGUGCCCCGGCCGGCACCCGGCGGCCAGCCCCAGCAGUAGCGGCGGCAGCGGCGUCCAGCAGCAGCAGCAGCGCCGGGAGAGCAACCCCUUUACCGAAAUAGCCAUGAGCAGCUGCCGGUACAACGGCGGCGUCAUGCGGCCGCUCAGCCACCUGGGCUCGUCCCGCAGGAACCUGCACGAGCUGGACGCCGAGGCGCAGCCGCUGCAGCCGCCGCUCGCCAGCCCCAGCGCCGCCGCCCCGGAGAUCGUCGUGUCCAAGCCCGAGCACAACAACUCCAACAACCUGGCGCUGUACGGACCUGGCCCCGGCCCCGGCCCCGGCCCCGGCCCCGGCCCCGGCCCCGGCGCGGCGGGCGGCAGCCUGAGCAACAGCGGCAGCAAGUCGAGCAAGAAGAAGAACCAGAACAUCGGCUACAAGCUGGGGCACCGCCGCGCGCUCUUCGAGAAGCGCAAGCGCCUCAGCGACUAUGCGCUCAUCUUCGGCAUGUUCGGCAUCGUCGUCAUGGUCAUCGAGACCGAGCUGUCCUGGGGAGCCUACACCAAGGAGUCGCUGUAUUCAUUAGCUCUAAAAUGCCUUAUUAGCCUCUCCACGAUCAUUCUGCUCGGUCUUAUCAUUGUAUACCACGCCAGGGAAAUUCAGUUGUUCAUGGUGGACAAUGGAGCAGAUGACUGGAGAAUAGCCAUGACUUAUGAGCGUAUUUUCUUCAUCUGCUUGGAAAUCCUGGUGUGUGCUAUACAUCCCAUACCUGGGAACUAUACAUUCACAUGGACAGCCCGGCUUGCCUUUUCUUAUACUCCAUCCACAACAACAGCUGAUGUGGAUAUUAUUUUAUCUAUACCAAUGUUCUUAAGACUGUAUCUUAUUGCCAGAGUUAUGCUUUUACAUAGCAAACUUUUCACUGAUGCCUCAUCCAGAAGCAUUGGAGCAUUAAAUAAGAUAAACUUCAAUACACGUUUUGUUAUGAAGACUUUAAUGACAAUAUGUCCAGGAACUGUACUGUUGGUUUUUAGUAUAUCAUUAUGGAUAAUUGCUGCGUGGACUGUCCGGGCUUGUGAAAGGUACCAUGAUCAACAGGAUGUUACUAGCAACUUCCUUGGAGCAAUGUGGUUGAUUUCCAUUACCUUUCUGUCCAUUGGAUAUGGUGACAUGGUACCAAAUACCUACUGUGGGAAAGGAGUCUGUUUACUAACUGGAAUCAUGGGUGCUGGGUGCACUGCACUGGUGGUAGCUGUGGUUGCAAGGAAGUUAGAACUUACCAAAGCUGAAAAACAUGUGCAUAAUUUCAUGAUGGAUACCCAGCUAACUAAGAGAGUGAAAAAUGCAGCUGCCAACGUACUCAGGGAAACAUGGUUAAUUUAUAAAAAUACAAAGCUGGUUAAAAAGAUAGACCAUGCAAAAGUAAGGAAACAUCAACGCAAAUUCUUGCAGGCUAUUCAUCAAUUAAGAAGUGUAAAAAUGGAACAAAGAAAACUGAAUGAUCAAGCAAACACUUUGGUGGAUCUGGCAAAGACCCAAAACAUCAUGUACGACAUGAUUUCUGAUUUAAAUGAAAGAAGUGAAGAUUUUGAGAAGAGGAUCGUUACUCUGGAAACAAAAUUGGAAACUUUAAUUGGUAGCAUUCAAGCUCUUCCUGGACUGAUUAGCCAGACAAUCAGCCAGCAACAGAGGGAUUUCCUUGAAGCUCAGAUACAAAAUUAUGACAAGCAUGUUGCCUACAGUGCUGAGCGAUCACGGUCCUUGUCAAGAAGGAGGAGGUCCUCCUCCACAGCACCACCAACUUCAUCAGAGAGUAGCUAGAAGAGAAUAAGUUAACCACAAAAUAAAGACUUUUUGCCAUCAUAUGGUCAAUAUUUUAGCUUUUAUUGUAAAGCCCUAUGGUUCUAAUCAGUGUUAUCUGGGUUCUGAUGUCAGAAUCCUGGAAACCUGAACAUAAAGUUUUAGGCCAAAAUGAGUGAAAACUCUUUUUUUUUUUUUUUUCUUCCCUUUCAGAUGCACAGUGAAUGCACCUAUUAUUGCUAAAUAGAUUGUUCCUCCUGUAAUUUCACUAACUUUUUAUUCAUGCACUUCAAACAAACUUUACUACUAUAGUAUAUGAUAUAAUAAAAGGUUAAUUUCUGCACAUAUUUGCUUAGUCACAUUGACUUUAACGUUUUAAAGAUUUACUCGACAUAGGCCAAAUAUUGAACAUUAUUUUAAUCGAGGGAAACCUGAAUUUAAGCUCAAUAAUCUUUCACGCUGAAUAUUGACCAUAACAUUUAUUUUCUCAUAGAGGGAAAAAUGAAUGCUUAUCCAGAAAUGACACAGUUUAUAAUGGAUGUUUAGUCACUUUAAGGGGACAUUGUUGACUUGAAUUUUUUUUAAGCAAUUUAAAAAAAAUUGAUUUCCAAUAGAAGUUGCUUUAUAAGACAAGUAAUGGAGUUUUUACAAUCAGCUUUGAAGUUCUUUUAAGUAUUUUUCUGAUUGUGCAUUUACAUUUAAGGGUUUCUUAACAGGGAGAAUCAGGGUAACUUCCUAUACACAAAAACAUCAAAAUGGACUAUAAGUAAAGUACUAUAGAAAGUAAACGCAUUGACCAAGACAAAAAUUAAAUUUCAGCUAAUUUGUUCAGUUGUACUCUAUUUAGUAGGGAUUUGUAACUGUGACAAAGAAAAGAUAGCCAAAUAGAAACAUGGUUUUUGAGUUGAUAGUGUCCCUUUAAAAAAAUCCAGUGCAUUUUGUAUUUGGGUUUUAAAAGGCUUUUGUUGUUGUCAUAAACUCUGUGGUGAUUGGAUCAAAAGUUGCAGACAAGAGCCUACAUUUCAGUGUUAUAACAACGCAGUCAUAAAUAGCACAUCAUGUUUACCCUAUUGGUUUCAACUACAUAGCAAAUUAACAUAGAGAAAUAGUAUGGAUGAACCUAAGUGCCUCUUUAUGAAGCAGUUGUUGGAAGUUUACCUUCCAGGUGAUGGAACUAAACUCAUAGGUACUGCAUAACUUUCCUUACAUUCACGAAUAGUAGGUAUUCUGCAGUGUUAAAAAUUAAGCUGUAUACAUUUUGACAGUGCUCUGUUUGGCUUUUCUACUGUUUAUGCUGAUUUUUAGCAUAUGGAACACAGGAGUUACUUAUACAUUUAUAAAUAUAGGAUGUUAGCCAUAGUAUCAUCUUUACCUAUAAAUUGACAGCAUCUACCACAAGUGACUAAUUUUGGUAAGUAUAGAUGUCUUUUUUUAAAAUAAAAUAUUUAUUAAAUCUGUCUACAUAAGAGUUAUGUGCAUUUACAAGGAAAUUAAGGGUUGUUCUAUGGAAAGAAUGUGUGAUUCAUUCUCUUUAAAUUAGUUUUAGCAAAUGUUUAAAGGGAAUUUCUGUUCCCAUCUUAGAAAUACAGAGACAUUUGAAGGCCCUGGCCCUGCCAUAAUUGAUGCCCUAAUGCAGAGACCUAGAAUUCUCUGCUGUUAUUUACCAGUGCCCUUUGUAUUGGCAUGUAGCACAGAGAAAUGAGGAUCAUUUCUUCUUGGCAACUAACUAUUAAUUGCCAACUUCUUGUUUUAUUCAGCUGUGAACACCUGUGCGGUACAGGUAGGGGUAGGCAUUUGACCAUAUAUGCCUUAUCACAGGCACAUCUCAGAAUAGACUGCAGGACAUUUAUUUCUGCCACUCUAAGAAACAGACUAACUACUCCUCUGAGCAAGUGACAUGCUAGGCAGUUUGCUUUAGAGCUAGCUGUGCCCUUUGUUCUUUGAGCCUUAAUCCUCACUAACUAUAGUGCCUGCUUCAAGAUAUGAGAUGGGUGUAGUUGCCAGAACGCUUUUGGUCGUCACUAUCCUGCACUGGCAUAUCUUCUUUUUAGUAUUCAUCCUGAACAAGUUUUUUAGGCAACAACAUUUCCUGCCCCCACAGUCCAGUUCCCCAUAUAGGAGUUGCUGGGGUAUUUGUGUAUCAUCCAUCUGAGCAAUGUGGCUAGCUGACUGAAGCUGGGUAAUCUUUAUCAAUUCAUAUACAGCCAGUAUUCUGCAGAACUUUUUCAUUAGUUAUCUUGUCAUAGCAACACACUUGGAGUAGGGCACAAAGGUACUUGUGUUGGAACUUGGUCAGCUGAUGAAUGUGUACCAUCUAUACAACUUCCACGUUUCAUGACUUUACAAAGAUAUGGUACAUGUGACAACAUUGCACACUUUUACUUUAUUUGGAGAGCUCUGUCACACAUUGUUUCCAAAGGCUCCACCAGCUUUCUGAACUUAUGAGACAGUUUCCCCCUCUAUGCUGGUAUGAUUAUUCAAAGCACUUCCAGGAUAAAGUGAAUGACCAGAAGUUCAAAUCUACCAGCAGAUACAGAAGGAACAGUAUAUUGUACCCCAGGUCCUGGAAGACAUGCAAUCUCAUUUCUCCUCAGCUCGUCCAAAGCUAGUUACAGAGGUUGUGAAGCUGUCUGCCAGCAGCUGAAGAUCUCGCUUGGCGCAGGCCAGCAGCACAAGAAAAAUGAGGACCAGGAUGUCCGUAAUGUUGGCAGUCGAUUUCAGAAGAACCAGGAAUGGCCAGACUUAUAAAGCAACAGGAAAACCAAUAUGAUCUGGGGUCUGGAGAGCUACUACCAUAUCGUGAACAUGACACAGUGUACGUAUCCGUGGAAACUGGUUGCAAAGAGCAAGAGCAUCUCAUGGCAUUUCUCUGAAGUCACUACAGACAAACCUAUACUGAGAAGGAAUAAGCACCAUCUUCUCCAGCUUUGAGAGAAAGGAGAUAAAGGGCACCGAGUCUGCCAUUUUCCUUGAGUCUUGGGUGACAGCCACAACUGGUUAAGACAACAAAGCCCCAGGGUGUAUACUGCCAGAAUGAACCAGCUUAAUGCUUUGUGACAGUAGUUGCCUGUUCAGCUGUACUUUCAUGUCUCUCAUGAAAGAUCAGUACAAGUGAAAGAAUAUAGGCUGUACCUCAGAAGAUAAAACAUUAAGUUUUAUAAGUUUAGUUAGUAAGUGGGUCAUACAUUUUGGAAUUAUCAUGGUGUUUAAGUGUUCAUUUUGGCUUGGAAAGGAAGGUGUAGUAUUGGGAACUGUACUACUAGUGACUUAGCUUCGGGACACAAAGCUCGGGGACAAGCUGCAGAAGCCUCCAUUCUGUUAUGCAGGGACAAUGGAACUGGUUAUGGAAUAAAGAGCAUCUUUGGGGCCCGAAGUGACUUCUGUGCACCCUACUUCUGAGCAGUACUUAUUACUCUGCCUUAACCAACUUUUGUCUUUGGUGAACCCAACUCAGUGAUUAUGUACAAAUUCCGUGUUGGUAAAUAAAACCUAGAAAAAUCCAAGAGCAGCAAGAUUCGUUUAGGAAUAUCUUUCAUUGGACCAAUUCUACAAGAAAGGUGUCUUAGCAUGGUAUGCACGAAACCAAAAGAACUAACAUUGCACCAAACUGCUCUGUAGGUAUUUUCAAUAUGUUCUGAGAAUAUGGUAUAUACGACUUGUUGCUUUGAUCUAGGACAUGUGCCAGAUCCUUUUAUGUUCUGUCAAUAAAAGUCAUCACAUUUACUCUUCUAA